UCGGCCUUGUCAACAACUGACUUAUAACUGUGUGAGGAGAAGAGAAUUGCUGUAGAGGGACCAUACAUUCAGCGUUGAUGUGGUUUGCGCGUGUGACCUGGUACGAAGAGGAUUAGCAUAAAAAUAUCAAGAAGUUUUGCAUAAUGGAGUCGGGUUCAUUCUCCUAGAUAAGAUAGCUGGAGACACGGCGGAACCAAGAAAGACAUACUAAACAAAGCUACAAUGAAGUUGCUAAUGGUGAUCCUGGUGCAUGGAGGCAUUACAGCAUCGUUACCAACAACUCCUGUCAAAUACACACUUUACCCCGGUUUUAAAACCUGGAACGAGGUUUAUGCAAUAUGUCAAGCUCAAGGUCAACACAUGCUCACUCCGGACACAUUGGCGAAAUAUACGAAUUUUCAGGAAAUCGCGGCUGAUUGGAAAAAUAAUUCACUUUUGACGAACGAUUACUGGACUGGACUUCAUCAGUCUCAACCAAACGACAACGUGUCGAGUCUGAGAUGGUCGUUGGACUGUGUGCCUCACGGAUGGGUCGAGUGGGGUGGUUUAUCUGAGCCGGAUCAUCUUGCCAUUCACAGAUGUGUGCGACUUCAUGAUUCUGAGAGUGCUGGGUUCAGGACUAGGGCAUGUAGCUCUAAAUACCAUAUUGUCUGCGAGGAAUACACAGGGGAUUGCACAUUUGAGAUGUUUGAAUCAAACAGGACUUCCGGUCUAACAAUUCUUUGGAGGACGAAAGUGAAGACAACACAAGAAUGCAUGGACGCUUGCAAGAACUAUUCCUCGGAGGCCAUGGAAUGUGUGGCUUUCCAUCAAAUAACGUCACCUACCUUGACAGCCUGUUAUUUUUGGGGCCGGCAGUCGGUUUUCGUUAAAAGUAAUCCGUCCCUGGUAGCUGACAGUGGAACAAAUACUUACGUUAAAAGAUGCAUCGAAGGUGUGUAUGAGCCGACUGCCCCGGACGUUGCACCCAAUGAUAACAUGGUACCGGUGGUUUCCUGCAACUCUAGCGCCGAUGGAGCAUCAUCUGUGAUUCUUUCACCUUCUACUCAAACAGCGCUGCUUUCAGCUUCCCCCAGCGAGUGCUUCUUCGAUCCUGACAACGUCCACGCAAGAGCUGACCUCUCCGUUGAUAGCAAGCGUCCACAUAACAGUCGACAGUUCAUUUCAGACAUCAUUGGCGUCUGUGACAGAGGUGACCUCGUCAUUGCUGCCCAGAGUUCAGUCAACAGGCGACUCAUCGUUUCAGUCAACGUACUCAUCCGGGAUUGAGAUGACCACGCCGUUGAUGCCAAGCGUCCCUGAAACAGUCGACUCAGCGCUUCAGUCAGCGUACGCGUCUGUGACAGAGAUGACGUCGUCAUUGCUGUCCAGCGUUCAGUCAACAGGCGAUUCAUCAUUUCAUUCAACGUACGCAUCCGGGCUUGCGAUGACCCUGACCUCGUUGAUGCCAAGCGUUGACACAACGGUCGGGAUGUUUCUUAUCGAUGAGUCGUCAAGUUUAUCUGACUGGAAAGAAUCCAGUUUCAAGUCUUCUGCAAAGACUGAAUCUCCUUAUCCAAGUAAAGAUCCGAGUUCAUGGGAUUCAAAGACGUCUCGUGACCAACAACCGGUAUCUUCGAGUAUUCACGACGGAAUGAUGACAACAUUGAAAGAUGUUUCUUUGGCACCAACCAAAUCAAUUGUUUAUGAGGUUACAGACUGCCCCUGUAGCUGCAGGUACAAAGAACCAUUUGACCUGGAGGAUUUGGAUCUUGCAAUAGACAGAAAGAAGGUGUCUGCAUACAGAAGGUCCAAGACAUCUGCCGCAGAUGACCGUCCAUCAGCCCAAGCAAUUGGAAAGACUGGGAUCGCCAUCUUGGCGUGCGUGUUUGUGUUCAUCGUGUGUAUGGACUUAGACAGGGUUGCGAUGUUUGUACAUCAAAUCUUUAAAAAGAGGAGCGUUGAGCGGGUGUGAUUAUCUUACCAGGUACUGUCGUCAUCAGGCUUUUUUGUGGCUGAGUGGGUUAGAUUGCUGAUUGUAUGUGCUGGCGAUGAGGAGAUUCACUCUGAAACUGUGGGUUCGAUUCUCGGAUGGGUCUUGUCUCAAUUGUGUUUCCAAAUGUGACGCAUGCAUUAAAUAUGCACGAGUAGGAAUUCUUAAGCUUGGUCGUUACAUUUAUGUCUGUAUGCAAAGAGGUAUUGUUAUAGACCUAAUCCACGUUUGAUUUAUAACUACAAACGUAAUACCCUCCUCAGGGAGUUGAGAAUAUAAUUCCAAUACACAUGGAUUCAAUGGCCGCGGCAAAACUACAACAUGCAUAGAAGUUUAUAAUCUAAUCUAAUAACAUUUAAUAUUUUCUGCCCAACUGAAAUGUUGAUAUAAUAUGCUGCUUAUAGUGGCCUUUAGUGGCAGUGGUUAUUAUAAUAAUUAUAACAACAGUAGAUAUAGUACUUAUAUGAUUGUUACCCGUGAAGAUCCGGAUUAGAAUUGAUCUUCAGUAACCCAUGCUUAUCGUAAGAGGCGACUAAC